UAGAUAUCAACAAUAUACCAUCUGCAUUCUUAACUUUACUCUAAAACAAUUCCACUUUGUAAUUAAAACAAUUUUAUAUUUUUAAAUUCAUCGAAAUUUUAAUUUAAAAAAAAGAAAGAAAAAAGAAAUUGCUUCGAUAAGCAAUUUAAAUAUUUGCCUGUGAUUGUUGAGAGAGAGUAUGAUAUGAAGUCGGACUCCUCCCAACAAAAUGUGAUCAAGAAUUCGGUUCACACAGCGCCAGAGAGUUGACUCCUUGACCACUGACAGAUCGGACACCCUCGGACACCAUCGGCCCUCCUCGGCGGAGUGUAUUUGAAAAGUUGUACAGCAGACGGCGACCCAGGAAAGUGAGUUGGGUGUGAGGAGACGCGAACACUAUGUGAGUGAGAGACAGCUGCAGGCUAACGUGCGCUAUGUGUGUAUGAGGAAUUUAAUCUUCCACGGAUUACUCGUUCAGGAGACACUCUCACACACGUGUGCUAGGCCAGACCGGACAGUGGUGGAGAAGGAAGUGGUGUGCCUAACGACACAGACGCAACAGAAAAACAUGAACGGGUUGAAGCAAUGAAGGAGAAAUCGAAAAAUGCUGCACGUACACGACGUGAAAAGGAGAAUGCCGAGUUUUACGAGCUGGCCAAGUUACUGCCCCUGCCCUCGGCCAUCACCAGCCAGCUGGACAAAGCCUCCAUAAUCCGGCUGUCCACCAGCUACUUGAAGAUGAGGGCGGUCUUCCCUGAGGGUCUGGGUGAGGCCUGGGGUCAGAGGUCGCCCCCUAGAACUCCCCUGGAGAAGGAACUUGGAUCUCAUUUACUGCAGACUCUGGACGGCUUCAUCUUCGUGGUUGCUCCAGAUGGGAAGAUCAUGUACAUCUCUGAAACGGCGUCUGUCCAUCUUGGUUUGUCUCAGGUGGAGUUGACGGGUAACAGUAUUUACGAGUACAUCCACCCGGCAGAUCACGACGAGAUGACCGCCGUACUCACCGUCCACCACCCGUAUCACACCCACAUAUUACAAGAUAUUGAAAUGGAGAGAACAUUCUUUCUAAGGAUGAAGUGUGUUCUUGCCAAACGAAACGCUGGUCUCACGUCGGGUGGAUACAAAGUGAUCCACUGCAGCGGUUACCUGAAGAUCAAGCAGUACACGAUGGACAUCUCGCCGUACGACGGCUGCUACCAGAACGUCGGCCUCGUCGCCGUGGGCCACUCCCUGCCCCCCAGCGCCAUCACGGAGAUCAAGAUGUUCAGCAACAUGUUCAUGUUCCGAGCCAGCCUCGAUCUCAAACUCAUCUUCCUCGAUGCAAGGGUGGCAGCUUUAACGGGGUACGAGCCCCAGGAUCUGAUAGAGAAAACUCUCUACCACUACAUACACGCCUGUGAUAUUCUCCACAUGAGAUUCGCGCACCACACACUGCUGCUGAAAGGUCAGGUCACCACGAAGUACUACCGGUUUCUGGCCAAAGAUGGUGGAUGGGUGUGGAUGCAAAGUUAUGCGACCAUUGUCCAUAACAGCCGGUCAUCAAGACCUCACUGUAUAGUCAGUGUCAACUAUGUACUCAGCGACGUGGAGGCCAAAGAUUACCAAAUACAGCUGGAACAAACUUUGUCAAAAGAUCCGUCUCCCUACUCACAAAUGGCGGAUCGAUCUCGUAGUGGCGGGAAAACACGACCCUCGAGAACAAAGUCUCGGAGGUCACCCUACCCACAGCUGCCUGAGACCCAGGAAUUCGCCAACGAUUAUUCUGAACGAACAGCAGCGUACGAGUGUGUCCCGGAUGUGACGGUGCCCCUGCAGGGUUACGGGAUGGUGUACCCGCACGAGGGCAUCGACCGCUACAGUGCUCUUUACUCUGCGCCCUACGCACACUCGGGUGUUUCCGUCUACCGUGACGCCGCGGCCUGUGUGUACCCGUACCAGGCGCACCAGCGUUACAUUGACGACCGGAAUCCGUACCGCGGUUACGAGGAGCGUUACUACCCAGCACGUGACCCGUCCGACUAUCCGGGCAUAAUGGCGUCACAGACCGCUUUGCAGGCGGCGUCACGACUCGCGCCUAACGAGUCAAGCCGGGAGAGCUGUCAGAGCGCGUCACAGCCCUACGACUAUCGAUCUCCCGGACAGUGUUCACGUAGCAGUUCACGUGACGCGUCGUUCAACGCGGCGCACUACAACGCCCCCUACAGCAACAGGUCAGAAUCGUCUGCCUCGGAAGUGGAUGUCGGAAGUGAGGAGUACGAGAAGCGACACCCGAGUUCGCAGUCGCACAGGACUGAUCGGCAAAGUGCGAAAUACGAUUCUAUUAUGGAUGCAAACAAUCAGCUGGCCAAAGAGGACGCUUAUAAACCUAAGGACCAAACGAACGGCCCGUUACAGACGCUCUACAAACCUCAGGACCAAUCGAACGGUCCGUUACAAACUCUGUCCCCCGCUCAACGCGAACCUGCCCCGGUUCAGCAGUCGGUGAUCAUCCGGAGACAGCCGAACCACUCCUACUCGGCGAGUGAUUCUCGGAACACCACCGUCAACUCGGGUGGCGGAGAGUAUAACACGGGUUUCAUUAAAGCUGCACAGUCGACCACGGCCACGGUGCAGUCGGACAGUAAAAAGACCGCCAAUUCGAGGACGGAAAGCAGCCAAUCAAAUAUAGUGAACAGCAGUAACUCUGCGGUUGCGCCGCACGCCGCCAGUGGCGAUAAACUGAUUAACAUGCGGCUUUUACAGGAGAAAUCGCUGCACGCGGCACAGGACUACACCCAGCAGUGUCUAAAAGCAGCGGCCGCGUGCAGCUACGACAGCUACACGCCGGCAACGAUGUACCAGACCGCCGCACUGCAGGCGCAACGUCAGUAUCCCGUCAUGCCUCAGGCUGGUUACACGAGCGUCAUAGUAGAACCACAACAAUAUCAUAUGGCCAAUGGCUAUGUGCACUGACAACACUACUGACAUAAUAUGUCGUCAUGUGUGACGCAAUAAUGAAUUGAUAAUACAGGGUGACAGCAGUAUUUUAAGUAGGUCAUCAACAUGAAGAAAAAAAGAGUUAUAUGUUGAUAUGAUUUCUUAAAAUCAGGGAAAACCAAACUUUUUAGAUGUGUGUUGUUGAUUGCAUUCAUAAUCUUGUCUCGCGCUUAUUAAAGCGUUCAAAUUUCGUUAAAAAAACCCCCAACUUAUAAAACUGAAGGAAAACAAAUGUAAUUUACUCAAGAACGUGGAAAGUGACAAUGUGAUUGAAAUAAGCAAAUUACUAAUACUUCAAUAGCGUACCAACGGUGCUAUUAUAAAUUAUAAUGUAUUUGAUUUGUAACUUUCAACAAAUGGGCACAUUGAAAGUUAGAGAAAUAUUUCCCCCAGAGAUAUAAAUAGGUUGUGCCUUGGACCGUUCCACAUAUCUAGAAGUAUUUGUGGAUGGCACGUGCAUUCUGUGGACUAGUCCCCGACUGGCGGCAACACAUUACGUCAUCAUUGUUAAUUACGCCAUUUUCACCAUUGUCUUGUACGUCAUUUGCAUAAUGCCAAAGAAGGGAUAUUGAUCUGUUUAUUAUGUAUGUGUGUGUGUAAAUGUACUCAAUAACUCGUGUCUAUUAAAUACAUAGGUUUUACACACGUU